AUGCCAGUUGGUGCGUGUGUCGAGGAUGAACGCCGCCGCCUGAUCGCUAUGUUCGGCAUCUGUAAACCAAUCGACGCGAUAACAGAAGCCGAUUGGAUCGACUACUUCUGGGAAGGAAGGAUCACGGGCGAACUGGACUUCGACAAGGUCAAGACGCUCAUGAGCCGCAAGCUGGUGACGGAUGUGAGUCUUACCGAUGCAGACUCACGUGUCUCGAAGCUCGCACACGCAAUGUACCAAGUGCUCGAGACCGAGAACAUGGAAUGGAUGUUCAAGAAGACCGUGAAGAACGAGCUGGCACGCGAGUCUAACAAGCCCCUGCUGAAGGAUGUCGUCGCCUUUAUCAAAUGGCUUCGUGCCAGUUGUAAGGAAUAUCUACGGUGGGAACCCGCUAGUCAGUCCUCUGUCCCAGUGGCGAAGUCGAGCGGGAGGAAGACAGAGAAGUCCGCCGGAAAGUCUCCACACACCGAAGAGAGCAAGCCGCCUCCUCGCACGCGGACUUGCUUGAAGUGUGGCAGCGAGGCUCACCGCGUUAAGAACUGUCCCCAUGCAGCAACCGGCGAGGCAGAAGACCUUCUACGUAAAUGGAGGGAGGCAAGGCCAGGAAAAACCCCGGUGGAGGCGAAGGGAUCAGCCCCUGUACACGCUAUCAAAGCGCUUCACCUAGAAGAAACUCCGAUCGAGCCGAGCAGCGCAUGCAUGGCUAGGGUGGAGAAUGUUCUCGACAUUCAUGAUGUCCUGCUAGAUUCCGGAGCGGACGUGAAUGUGGCGAGCCGCGGUUUGGUUGACCAAUUGCAGCGAAAUGGUGCUGCAGUGCGAGAGGCGCAGUGUCCGCCUCGGCAGUUGGCUACGUUUGAUGGCAGCCGCUUCGACGUGACGCAACGUGUUAUCUUCAAUGUGAUUCAACUGCGCACGACGGCAGGUCCACUGCUUCUUCGCAAUACGCGGGCAUGGGUGUUUGAAGAAGAAACGAGCAAGCCCGUGCUGGUCCUGUCGAGACCCGUAAUGGAGCACCUCGGGUAUUCGGCUGAUACUAUUCUGGCCCGAGCGUGUGACACUCGGCAGGAGUGGGAUUUACAGGAGCUAGGUGGCGGAGAAAGGAGCGCGUCGAUCAACCUCAUUCGUGAUAAUUCCCUCUCGGACUCAGCCCGUCUUGACACAACGGACUUGAGAGUUGCGACGCCGGAGCUGGAUGGAAAGCAAGGUGACCAGGUCGCUGCGAUCCUACAGGAACGUGUGGAAGAAGCUGCCAUCGCCGGUCUGAGGGAAGCUGAGGUCGAACAACUGAGGCUGCUAUUACUGGAGUUCCAAGAUGUCUUUCGGACUUCCUUCGGGCAUGAUCCCCCAGUGCGGGUAGAACCGCUGCGCGUGCGCCUCCGUGAAGGCGCAACUCCUGUUCGUACUAAUGCACGCCGGUAUCCGCCGGCUCACAUGGAGUAUUUGGAGCAGCAUGUCGGCGAACUACUCGAUGCGGGACUGGUGUAUGUAAAUCCGCGUAGCCGUUGGGCGUCACCACCUCGGAUUGUGUCGAAGAGCACACCAGGGACCUAUCGGAUGACGGUCGACACAAGGAGAGUGAAUGAGCGAACGGAUCCCAUCCAGUGGCCGAUGCCCAUACUCGAUGCGGCCCUGGGAUUGCUGGAAGGCACGACGUGCUACUUUACGCUCGACUGA